AUGGAUGAGUGGUUCCUCGCGGCCCGGAAAAACGACGCAGAGCUGUUACUGUCUCGGCUAGAUGAAUGUUCUGGAAUAUUCAACAAUAAGGGAGCCACUGCUCUCAUGGUGGCGGCAGCUCAAGGAAAUCUCGAGGUCGUUGCACUUCUCAUUGAAACAGAGGGUACCAUAACGCGUCCAACCGGCUGGACAGCAUUGAUGGAGGCUGCGUACCAUGGGCAAGCACGAGUUGUGCAGAUGCUUGCCCUCGAUUUAGCUGGAAGACAGCUUAUUGAGGAAGAUGGAAUAUUCAGCAGAGGGUCGACCGCUCUGAUUGUAGCAGCAACCCUUGGGCACUGUGAGUGCGUAUCAGCUCUUUUAGAAUAUGAGAAAGAGAUCAGCCGUUGGACCGAUGAGUUCAUUCAACUCUUCAAAGGCCAAGAGGCUUGCUUGGCUACUGUGCACGACAGCGCCGGUCACACACCCCUGAUGUAUUAUGCAAUGCAUUCCCACAAAGGCUUGUUUGCCUUUGACUUACAUCGGAGGACAGAAGCAAAGCUCUCUGCAGGACGUCUGGACUUCGCAGGGUAUUCGGCUCUGAUGCACGCAGUACGCACCGACAAUAUUGACUUUCUUGCCUAUGUCUUGAGUGAGUGCCCACUGGAGCUACGAAUAAUUUCUCCUCGCUCGAGAAUGUAUUCUGCACUUAUGAUGGCCGCAGAAUUAGGAAAUCUCGAGGCAUCCGAGCUUCUUGCCUCAGAAGAAGCUGGGCUUGCAAACCCUUAUGGACUGUGUGCGCUCGAUAUUGCUAUUAUCCACGGCCAUUACGACAUCGUUCUCUUGCUUGCUCCGACAGAGGCACACAUAGCAAUUCAUAGAGGAUGUACCUGCAUUCAUACACUAGAGCCAGGAAUGACUCCCACAGACAUAGCAGCUAAAUAUGGAAGCCCAGAGAUGUUAUCGAUCCUCUCACAAAGAACUAAGCCGCCGCUAACUCUUUCAACUUUAAUGACAGGUAGUGGAGGCACACACCCUGACUCCCUAGCUCUUCUCAGAUCAGCAGUUCCUUUAUCCUCUCGACAUCACCACGAUGUUGAAUCUGAUCAAUUGUCUUUGAGAUCCUUUGCAACCAGUUCCGAAGAGCUUCCACCAGACACCAGCAAUGACUAUGGAAGCAUCGAGGAGCUUAGAGAGAAGCUGUCCAACUUGCGUGAGGCAAACACUGAGCUUCGACAGAGGUUGAAGCAGAUUGAUGAUGAGCACAAUAGAGCAAAAGGUGACUUGCAAGAGCUAGCCUUUAGUCUUAGGAAACAAGAGAAAGAGCAUUUGCAACGAGAAGAAGCCCUCAAGGAAGCUUUGCAAGCGGCGAAGGACAACUUAGAGCGCUCUGUAGGCUACUCUCAAGAGGUCUUCCAAGAAAACGAUAGUCUUAGACAGAAGCUUGCGCAUGCAAGAGAUGUUCUGAUGGCACUUCGCACAGAAAGGCAGCAGACUAAUAUCCACGACACAGCGCUCUUAGCUGAGCAUUCGCUUCUCUUAAAAGAGCUGCGCAAACUUGAGUGGACUGCACUUGGACUUCACUCAAAGGAGUCAACAAUGCGUGCUCUCAUAACACGGUUUACUAACUUCUACAAUGAGCUCACCAGGGUUGUCAAGUCAUCUUCACGACAGUCUGGAGACGAUCCACAGAGGCAUUCACAGAUAGUGUCAGGGGAUCAGACAGACUACGAGGCCAACCUUUCUCAAAUAGUUGCCGAUUUCGUCAACGAGUCUCUUGACGAGGUUGUAUUUCCGCCAACAAGAGACAGCUCGCUAUGCUUGGAGCAGAGCUCUGAGUGUAGCAUGCGCAACAUUGAGGACACUAACGAGCGCUCGGAACAUUGUCUACAAUCAGAAACACACAGCUAA